CCAGACGUCGCGAAGGGUUCACCGGACGUUUGUGAAGGUCUUCCUCCCCGCAUCACACGCAUAAGGCACCGCCUUGCCCAGCUUUGGCGGACUGGGGUUCCAGUUCAAGGAAGCAUCUACACGACUGUAUCCUCUGCCUGGCCCCUGCUUUAGCUCAGUGAGCGCGCCAAAGUCAUCAUGACAGCACGCCUGAAGUCCUUCAAGGAGGAGCACCCGCUUGAGAAGCGGCAGGCCGAGGCAGCUCGCAUCCGUGACAAGUAUCCUGACAGAAUUCCGGUUAUUGUCGAAAAGGCGGAAAAGAGUGACAUCCCAGACAUAGACAAGAAGAAGUACCUCGUCCCUGCCGAUCUCACUGUGGGUCAGUUUGUGUACGUCAUCCGCAAGAGGAUCAAGGUCAGCCCAGAGAAGGCUAUCUUCAUGUUCGUCAAGAACGUGCUGCCUCCCACAGCGGCCCUCAUGUCCGAUGUCUAUGAAGAUCACAAGGACGAGGACGGUUUCCUGUACAUCACGUACAGCGGCGAGAACACCUUUGGCUGCUGAGCGCGCCCUGUAAAUCUUGUAUGAUGACUGUAAAGCGCAAGCCACCCCAAAUCUAGUCUUGUGUCCGUACUGUUGGCUUCUUCGCACGGGUCAUUCAAGAGGGAUUGUCGCAAGAUAAUCUGCAGCCUGUCAGGAUGUCGGAAAGGCUUUUCAAACUGAAUUUGAUGCUCUGGUCUCUUGCCAAAAUGUGCGGCUGAAUGUCCGCCUGUACAUUAUUCCAGUUUUGGAUCAGGGACCUUGGUGUAUUUGUGAAUAGACAUUGCAGCGGCCUCGCAGACCUUUUGGAUGUAUUAAAUAUACCAUGAGUGAUUUGCUGACCUCAUGGUAGAGGCGCUGCUGCCUGUAUGAUUGCAGCAAGGGUUCAUACAGUCGUGAAAGUAUCCUCUGAAACCACUAUCACUGAUUGGCAACAUAAUGAUAACCUGCGGCGCAAGAGGAUGGGUAUUCCUGACCAUCUGCCAGUGGGUGCCACUGAACACAGCAUCAUCAAGCUGUGAAACCUUUGAACACAUGAUCAUGAAUCACAGUCACUGUAUGGGACAUCAUGUCGGAAAUGAUCAUCCGGUGAGUCAUUGACAGUCGUGUGAUCACGUCCACUCGCAGACUCUGAUUCGAAGUUCAAAAGGCACGUCUCAGGCGGCAUGCUUGAUGAGCCUCUCUUCAUUCACGCUUUCCUGCCUGAGGCAAAGUGCGUCUGCAAGCAAGCUGCCAGAUAACUUCUUUGAAAGGCUGAGCCUUUAUCUGGCAGGCUGCCACAUAUCAUAUGAUCAUCACCCCUGGAUGAUCCCACCCCUGGACGAUCCCACCCCUGGAUGGACUUGCCAGAUCCAAGCAAGACUCAAUCGACCAUGGGCGCGGUGCUCAGAAAUCAAUGAAACAAAAACCCCUUUAUGAGCCUUUACUGCAUGUUAAUCAGACCGAUAAACUCGUGAAGUAUGCUGCCACAACACUUCCAGCAUGACAGUGCUUCUUGAUUUUGGGUACGAUCAUAAGCAUGCCUGUUGAAAUCUCCCAGGAGCAGUCAGAUAGAAGUGCGAAUUGAGCCUUGAAACCCCCUGCAGUUCUCUCACAUAGACUGAUGCAACCGUACAGACUGCAUGCAAUCUCGUUAAACAUGAUCACCUCUGAAGGACCCUCAAAGACAUGGUGCUAAAAUCGGCCUCACACAGCUUGGCCUGUUCAAGAAUCAAACCUAUCAAGUUGCUCCUCCUAGAGCAUCUGGUCGCUUCUCUGGAAUGUUUUUGCUCCACAUCUGCGACGGGAUCCAGCGGGCAGGCGCAGCAUGUCUCUGCUCCAACUUCACUGAAUGCCUGAAGAUGAAGGUGCCCACCACUACAGUGCCCAAGAUAGCGAAUGCUGUGUUGCGUCGCCAGUGCUUGGGAUCUGCAUACCAACCUCCCGCGGGAGACCACACACCCUUGGGGUAAUCUCCGUGAGCAUCACCCCCCAUCCCUAGCCUAGGUGUGCUUGUGCCUAUCGGCAGUCUGUGAACAAGACCAGUUACUUGAAGUCGCAGCGCUCAAAUCUCCAAAACAGCUGGAAGAUCCCAGCUGGAGUCCUAUAGUGUGUCCUGCCGAUUGAUUCUUUCCAAUUCAAUCUUUCGACAAGAAAAGUUGAUGUUCUU